GUUUAGUAAUUAUAAGUUUUAAGAAGAAUAACGCUCUACAGUGUAAUGUAAUAUAACUUUAUCCUUAAUAAAUUAUAAUUAUUUAUAAAUACUGAGAUAUAAUCUGUGAUAAUUAUAAAUAAAUGUUAUUCAGUGAGCAAUGAUUAAAAUGAAACAUCGCUAUUUUAAAUUACUUGUUAGUAUUUGUACCUGUGGUGUCAUUAUGUGUUUUUUUAUGACUUAUUUUUUAUUCAAUCAAAAGUCCGUGUUGGAAGUACAAAAAAUAAGUGAUUCUAGUCAACGGUUUUAUUUUAAAAACAAACCGAUUAAAUUGAAAGAUUUAAAUAACGUUCCCAAAAUACGGGAUCCAAUAAAAGAAAGUUUCAAACAUCCGCCAAAUAAUGAAACUCGUGAACUGGCUGUUUCGAAAAAACCAUUGACGUGUGAAAUUGACAUGCGCAAAAUACCCGAAGUCGAUGUCCAGAUGUUAGAUUUGUAUCGUCAGUUAGAAUUUGAUAAUCCAAUAGGUGGCGUUUGGACACAGGGUUGGGAUAUAACUUACGACAAAGAACAAUGGAAUCCUAAAAAAAAACUAAAAGUUAUUGUUAUGCCUCACUCGCACAACGAUCCCGGAUGGCUGAAAACAUUUGAGAACUAUUAUGAUGAUACAACGCGGCAUAUUUUGGAUAAUAUGGUGGUAAAAUUGUCAAAAAAUAAGCUUAGAAAGUUUAUAUGGGCUGAGAUAUCAUUUUUGAAAAUGUGGUGGGACGAACAGUCGGAAGAAACCCGCGAAAAAUUUAAACGUUUGAUUGCCGAUGGACAGUUGGAAAUAGUUUCAGGGGGUUGGGUCAUGCCAGAUGAAGCCGUCUCACACUGGAUGGCACAGUUGACUCAACUAACAGUCGGUCAUCAAUGGUUGAAAACAAAUUUUGACUAUCAGCCCACCAGUGGUUGGGCAAUCGACCCGUUCGGGUUAUCACCGACUAUGCCUUACCUCCUUAAAAAUUCAGGAUUAAAACAUACCCUCAUUCAGCGUGUGCACUAUGCAGUAAAAAAACGUUUGGCUAAAGAUAGAAAUCUUGAAUUCAGAUGGCGCCAACUGUGGGAUACCACUGGAUCGUCAGAAAUGUUAACACACUUGAUGCCAUUUGUUAGCUACGAUAUAGGACACAGUUGUGGUCCAGACCCAAAUGUUUGUUGUCAAUUUGAUUUUCUUCGAUUAAAGAAUGGCUGGAACAGUUGUGACGGCAAAACGUCACCCAAAGCUGUAACAAAUGAAAACAUUGCAGAGCUUGCUGAAUUAUUAUUAGACCAAUACCGUAAAAAAUCCGAACUAUACACAUCAGACGUUGUCUUAGCACCACUGGGUGAUGACUUUCGCUAUAAUACAGACUUUGAAUGGGAUGCCCAGUAUGAUAAUCAUCAAAAAUUGUUCGACUAUAUGAAUAAAAAUGAGCGAUUCAACGUCGAUGUUAAAUUUGGGACACUAACUGAUUAUUUCAAUGCACUAAGUAAUGACAAAAAUAUCAACGAGCUACCAAGUUUAUCUGGUGACUUUUUCACUUACUCCGACAAAAACCAGGAUUACUGGAGCGGAUAUUAUACAUCACGACCUUUUCACAAAAGGCUCGACCGUGUUCUUCUGGAUGCAUUGCGCGGGGCCGAAAUACUGUCGUCAAUUGCAUGGGCAAGUGGUCAUAAGCAUUUAGUUGAAGGUAAUUUUGAGAAACGCAUUACCGAAGCAAGGCAGUGGCACUCGUUGUUUCAGCAUCACGAUGGUAUUACAGGGACAGCUAAAGACCAUGUCGUUCGAGAUUACGCUGAAAAAACAAUCGCUGCUCUCAAUAAUUCAGCUCACAUUACCCAGCAAUCAGCAGCGCAUUUAUUAAUAAAUACCGGAAGCCCCCUUUUACAACCAGAAUCGGUUUAUUUGUCUCUAGACCAAGUUAGCUCUUACAAUACCAGUGUUGAUAAUAGGCACGUCCUGUCAUUUGAUGACCAUGAACCUUUCAAAAGAGUUAUCAUUUAUAAUUCAUUACCCCGACGACGAAUGAGAGUUCAGACAUUGAUCACAUCAACGCCUUUUGUGAAAGUCACUAAUAGUCGCGGUAAACUAUUACAGUGUCAAAUAUCACCCGUUUGGACUGGGUCAGCAAAGCUUUCAAAUAAACAAUACGAAUUAUCAUUUGUCGUAACUGUGUCUGGUUUUGGACUCAAUACGUACCUGAUCCAUGCAGUUAAAAAUGUCAACAAUGUGUCUCCAAGUGUUCAUUUCGCUAAUAUAACUCUAUUCAAUACAACAGUUCCCCCGUCAAAUGUACCAGGAUUUAAAGAUUUCAAAAUUAUUCCUUCUGCACAAGAAUUUUCAAUUAAACAACGUCCGGAUAUUUCGGCUGAUUUUUCAAAAUCUGGGUUUCUUAAAUCCUUGAAAAAUGGAAAUACAACAACGUCAGUAAAUUUGGAAUUCGUUAAAUAUGGAACUAAGCGUAGCGGCGCUUAUUUAUUUAUACCACAUAAACCAGAUCCUGAACCUAUCAACAUGACUGAUGAUCAUGUAAUUCAUUUGGUCACGGGUCCUAUUUUAUCGAGAGUAUUUGUACUGCUGCCACAUAUUAAGCACACUUACACGCUGUUCAAUUCAGCUGGAAGCGAUGGUCUAGGACUUCAUAUUUCCAAUAAAGUUGAUAUUACUGAGACUGAAAAUUUUGAACUGGUUAUGCGUUUAAGCACAAAUAUAUCUUCUGGUGAUGAGUUCUUCACCGAUUUGAAUGGUCUUAAUAUGAUUAAGCGCCAAAGAUUUUCAAAAUUACCCACCCAAGCUAAUUACUAUCCUCUUCCAUCAGUUGGUUACAUUCAAGAUGAACAAACACGAUUAACAAUCGUGACAGGGCAGCCAUUGGGAGCGGCAUCCAUGGCUUCUGGACAAUUUGAAAUAAUGCAAGACCGUAGACUCAUGCAGGACGAUGCACGUGGUCUUGCACAAGGAGUCACUGAUAAUUUAUCAACAAACCAUGCCUUCAUGCUAGUGCUCGAAAAAAAGAAACCAUCCUGCAACACUUUAUCAGUAAAUCAUCCUGCAGGAGCGCUCUCUAUUGGUGGAUUAUUGGCGUCAGAUGAAGUUCUACAUCCUCUUGUCGCUAUGCACCUACUGCCGACACUAGAAGUUGAUUAUAAUUAUCAAGACCAAUUUACUCCACUAAAUUUUGAUCUCCCGGUAGAUUUGUCCAUUGCCAAUCUUCGUGUCUUUUCGGUAGCCGAAGAUGCUGCUAAAAGUCUUGGUAUAGUAUUACAUCGUCAACUUAUCGAUACUUGUUGGAGUGAUGAGCUCAUUGGACGUUUCAAAGUAUCAGAUAAUGGCGAAAUAAAUAUUGGGAAAUUAUUUAAUUUCAUUCAAGACUGGACUAUUAAUGAAUCGUCGUUAACUUUCAAUAACCUCGGGCCGUUACUGAAAUCACAGAAUAUUAGUUUAUGUCCACAUGAACUUUCGGCGAUUUUAUUUAGAGAAAACCAUUAAUAAAAUUUUUAUACAGAUUUUUAGUAACUGACAAUUAAUUAUUGAAAAUGUGAAUUUCAAAAAAUAUAAACCACAAUGACUUGAAGUUUCAAGUGAUAAGUUUUAUCUAUAGAUGACGUGUUAAUACUAAUGAUAGUUAAUGACUUUGUUAUUGACAAAAAAAAAACAAUUUAUUUGUGGAAGAUGGCAUUAUAAGUUCCAAUUUCGGCUAUUGCUUGAAAUUUAUUUUCCUUAUAAAAAAAAUUGUAGAAAAAAUCCUCGCUAAACAUGACAGAAAUUUGAACUUUCUGCGUAAUUGUGGUAAAUAAUCGUUCCCAAGACAUUCAUAAGCUGAAACCGUUCAACCCAUCACUGAACAUUUUUCCUGUAAAAAUGAAUCACAUAAAUAACCAAUCAGUCAAUUCAAAAUGAUGAAAAAUUGACUUUUUAUAAACGUCCUACUUUUCU